AUGUAAUAUACAGCUCCAAUAGAGAGAAGACUUGUGUUUUAACCAUCUUAAUAGAUUAUGCCAUUAAUGCAUAGAAAAGAAAACAUUUUUUCACCUUUAAGAAUAAGUCCAUCAACUUAAUAACAUUUCAGUCCUUCAUAACAUUAAUUUUCUAAAGGAAAUGAAUAUAAUCAAUAAAAGAGAUAGAAUACAAAUGAUCCAGAGAAAGAGAAAGAGAUAAAAAUAUUAAUAUAGCAUAAUUAAAAAAUGAAAGAUUAGAUUAAUUAAUAAGCAAUAGAUUAUGAGAAUUUAAAACAUAGUUAUGAUAAAAUGUAUUAAGAUUAAUUAAGAUUGAUAAAUGAAUUAGAAUAGAUAUCAAAAGUAUCUGAAUAAUAAUUGAAAGAAAUAAAAAUAAAGUAAGAAGUAAUCAAAGAUUUAUAACAUUAAUUAGAAUCUUAAUGUCAUUCUUAAAAUAAAAAUUAAGAUGAAACUUAAUUACUUAGAUAAUAAUUAUAAUUUAAAGAUUAAGAGAUAUUUAAAUUUAAGGCAAUAUUAGAAGAGAAGAAUUUAGAAAAUUAAGAAAUUAGAAAUACAUUAAAUACAAUAAAUUAAAAAGUUUAAUUUAUGACUUAAUAAAAAGAUUAAUAAUAUUAGAUUAUAGAUAAAUUUAAUAAAGAAUUAUAAGAUGAAAUAACACAUAAGACUUAAUAAAUACAUGCUACUAGUUAAAGUUUAAGUUAAUCAUAAUAAUAAGUUACUUAAUUGAAAUUUGAAGUUGAUUCAUUAAAAGUUAAAUUAUAAUCUUAAUAAUAAUUGAUGCCAUUAUAAUAAUUAUAAUAGAGAUAUUUAAUGUUAUGUAUGGAAAAUGAUAGAUUACAUAGUAUAAUAUAAAAGGAAUAUGAAUUAAAGAAAUAAAUGGAAUAAUAAUAAAUAAAAUAUGAAUAGGAAACAGAAUAAUUAAAAAAUGAAUUGAAAUAGAUUUCUGAAGAAUUCUCUCGUUUAUAAUAAGGUUUAGUAUAUGAAUAAAAGAAUAUGUAUUUAAUAGAGAAUUUAAAGAAUUAAUUAAAUUAUUAUAUUGAUGAAAAUGCAAGAUUAAAUGUAAUAAUAAGAUAAUAAUCAAGAAUAUGA